AGGUCGACUUUGAUACAUACACCACGAGUGCUGGAUUCUUGAUCCGCCUUUUGGUUGACGAAAAGCACGUGUGCUUGGUCGCUGUUGCAAGGCCACUGCCUGAGCCCGCUCCCCUGCCAACGCAAUUGAUGCCCAGCUGUCCGCCUCCCUCCUUGGACAUGCCGCCGAGUGGUGGCCAGUACCUCCUAGCGGGACGGGGCAUAGCUGGGGCAAGUCCAUAUCUCACAGGAAUCGCCAAUCGCACCCUUGCCACGCCAAAGCGCUUCGAUCUCAAUACUGGCUGGCACUCUCCGGGGGCUAGCGGACCACCGUCUACGAGCGGGCUCUCACGGGAUGAUGCUUCUGGCAGCACAUCCACACCGCCCGACAGCUUGUUCGGCACAUCGCCUCGAGACGCGCCUACUUUCGUCUCCACCUCGUUGAAAGGUCCUUCCAAGCUCUCUGGCAUCCUUUCGCCACGCAGAAGGAGCGGUGCAGCCAAUGGCAAUUCAGGGUCACGGCUGCAGCAAACAAGCGUUCCAACAAGAGGGCUGAGGAGUGGCACAGCUUCUCAAGAUCAGAGCUCGAGCGAAUUGCAGACCGCGCCGACCUCGUUGGAUUCGCACUCGCCACCCGAAGAGCCGAGAAGGGGUUUCAAAACGGUCCUUGCGGGACCGACAAAUUCCGUUGCUCCGCCUCGUGCCGUUCGCGUCAUGGCUGCGCCUCCACCUGGUGGGCUCUUCAACACCGACGCCGAGACGAUCUUGGGUGUAGCUUCAGCCAAGAUUUCGACCAAGGCAGUACCACCCAGCUACGCUGGCGGCGACCUGUGGCCCGGUAUAGAUUCUGCGCCUGCCCAAGUCAUGCCUCAUCUGGAAGCGCAUGUAUUGACACUUGCUGUGGCUCACUCGGAGAGGGGUCAAGGAUUGGGAGCGCGAUUACUAGAUGCGCUUCUCAAAGAGGCGAAAGCAAAAGCUGUUGCGUUGGCGGCCAAGCCCCGCAGGAGAGGCAGCAACCAGAACCGGUCGGCUCCCACCACCGAGCAGCUCAUGGCGGAACCCAUGCACACCACUCUUGAAGUCCAUCCAGCCAACUCUGGCGCUCUAGCACUCUUCCAAUCGAGGCAGUUCCACAGGGUCGAAGGUGCGCGUGGCACGCUCCCGCGAUACUUUCAGGGCGAUUGGAGAAUCCCUUUGGAAGAGAGACAAAAGAUAGGCGGCACGGAUGCUUGGGUUCUUGAGCGACACGCUCCUUGAGCCAUAUAGCGCCCGUCGUCAAAACGUGUUUCUCAAUCCAUUUGGCCUCACUUCUGCUUCUCACGGCUUCCUCCAACAACGACUUUUAGAAUUCCGUACUCGUUUGUCACUAUAGUCUCGGCUCCGCACUUUUCAUGUUUUCUCCACGAGCCACACAUGCUAGAAUGUUUCAUCCAUCACCUUCAAGGAUCGCAUGCGUUGUUU